ACAGUUGGAAAUGUGAAAACAAGCACGAAAAAAGAAAAUUUCUCUUCGGCGCUCAACAUCAGCGGGUUCACGCAGUAAGUGAACGUCAUGCCAAGAGGUCAGUCCAUUGGAUAUAGUGGAGAUUGCAGACAAUGGACCGGUUGUAGAGAUUUUUCAACCAGCCCAAGAAUUUACUGAAUACAAAUCGGAUCGAAUCCCGCAAAAUAACCAGUUUUAUGUGCUGCAUCUCAUUUCCAAAUAAACCGUAAUAAACCAUAUUAAUCUAAAAAAAAAAUUAUGCCAGAAGUGAGGAGCCCACAAACGCCAGUGAUAGUGAACUUUGGAAAGGUUGUAGUCUUGUGAAAUUAAACAAAAUUGUGCAUGAAAACUCAGUGAUGGAUAAAGGCCUUCAUACCAUAUGGACAUGAUCAACCCCUGUCUUGACGAAAAAUUGGUAACAUCUGAUGAUAAAACCAAAAGAUGCAGAGUGCUAACAGAAUUAUUAGAGACAGAAAGAGUUUACGUAGCUGAACUUCAUACUAUAUUAACUGGCUACAGAGAUGAAUUUUUCGCAGAAGAUAUGCAAAAUAUUGUACCAACAAUUUCCACAGAGGUGAUAGAAAUUAUAUUUGGGAAUAUCGAUGAAAUCUAUCAUUUUCAUUCGGAUUUCCUAAAGGAUUUAGAAGAAUGUAUACAUAGUAUAGGGGGUGUUGCUUCUUGCUUCAUGCGACAGAAAGACAAUUUUUAUCUAUUAUAUAGCUACUAUUGCCAGAACUUAUCAGCUUCAGAACAGGUUAGAGAGAGUCUUGUGGACUCUUACAUGUUUUUCGAAACAUGCCAGAAAAAAUUAGGUCAUAAACUUCCUCUUGCAGCAUAUUUGUUAAAGCCUGUACAGAGGAUAACCAAAUACCAUUUACUGCUAAAAGAAUUAUUACAGUGUUUAGACUCCAAAUCAACACAACAGGCUCUAGAAUGUAUGCUGGUCGUUCUACAGCGUGUCAAUGACAGCAUGCACCAGGUCUCAAUAACUGGCUCAACAUUAGAUCUUCCUCAGCAGGGAAAAAUGCUCCUACAGGGUGAAUUUUCAGUAUGGACAGAAAACAAGAAGGACAUUCGGUUAAGACUGAAACCAUCAAGGCGUCAAGUAUUCCUCUACCAAAGAUCGAUGAUUUUCUGCAAAUUAGUGCCUAAAACAAGUCAUAAUAAAUCUUCCUAUCAAUUUAAAUUUCAUCUCAGGUUAUCUCAAAUUGGAUUGACUGAAUCUGUUAAAGGUGAUCCAAAAAAAUUCGAGGUUUGGCUCAGAGGCAGAGCAGAGGUAUACACAUUGCAGGCAGUGGAUGUUGAGCAGAAACAAGCUUGGGUUAGUAAGAUAAAGAGGGUGCUUUUAGAUCAGCUUGAGGAGUUGAGAGGGGAAAAGAUUAAAGAAUAUGCUCAAACACACAGAAGUCUAAGACAGACAACAUCAUGGGAGACUGCUGCAAGUAUAGGCAACUACACAAGUUCGAACAGAGCUUUGAGUUGUGACUCAGAAAUCAGAACGUAUCAUUAUGAAGAUACUGUUGAAUUUUCUGACUGCAGUAAUAGUGAAGAUGAGGAACACCACUGCCAUCCUUUUACACCUGGCAGGAAGUAUGUUGCACUUGCAGAUUAUUUUGCUGUAGGUUGCAGCGAAGUGAAUAUGAAAGAGGGUGAUAUUGUUGAGUUACUGAAGAUUGGUUGUGCUGGAUGGUGGUAUGUCAGACUAUGUGGUUCAUCGUCUGAAGGCUGGGCACCAGCGGCUUAUUUGGAGAACAUUUAUCGUAGGUCUUCUGGUAGCAGCAGCAGAAGCCAAGAUUAAAAUAAUGAAGACCAAUAUAAAUAUAUUACCCUCAGCAAUAAUCUUUUACACCCGAGUUAUUUUUCCUAUCUGAAGACUUGAAAAUAUCCUGUUCUUGUUCUAGUUACAAUUCUGAUGUUGUUUUUAGCAUAGAUUUUUUUACACUAAUAAAUAAAUUAAGAAAC